AUGGGGGUUGAGUGUUUUACGUUUCAGUACAUUCGUUCUCCUCCUUCCCCUCGUCUCCGACCACCGGCGAGAAAUCUUCUUCGGUCUCGUUCGGUAGUGAAGGAUAGGGCUACAGUCGAGGGUGAAAACAGAGAAGAUGGAAGACAAUUGAUUUGCAUCUCGAUUUUGUAUAAGGGGAAGCCCCUCGUUCGGUCCGGACCAUCUAUUUCAGGCCCGAAACCCAUCGAACCUGCGGUGGAAGGCCGUCGGGGACCGUUGUUGACUGAGAUUCUUCCAUGUUCCAUCUGCACGUUUCUCCUCUGCGCGCAGCUCGAGCCCCAUGGAGCUAGGGCUGGUGAGAUGAAGGCUUACACGGCGAAUGUCGGGAGGAAUCCAAGGCGGGGUGUGAGGAAACAGGUAUCCAAAAAUUUCGGGCGAAAUGAGAUGCAUGUGGAUUUGCGGAACAAGGAAAAGAAAACCAAGGGGGAGCCAAAUUAG